AAUAGUUUUUUUUCUACCUAUUUUAAACUAACAGAAAUGAAUAAGAAAAAUGAGCUACGCCUUAAAUUACUUUCACGUCAACAACAUAUUCCAAAAGCUAAAAGGCCAGCUGCUUUGGUUGCUUCUGCUGCUGUCGCACCUGUAAAACGAUCGAAGUUUGAAAAUCCGAGAAAGCCACAGCCAACAUCAUCCUUAACAAAUGUGACAACAGCAGCGGGUCCAUCUGAAGCGCCUCAGGCCAAGAAUCAAAGGAAUUUUUUAUCACAUCCGGUCACCGUUCAAAACCAUGGGGUAGGUAAUAAUUUGAAUUCUAAACAGAAUAUUUUUGGUCAAUUCCGUGUUUCUGCACAAACAGAAACGAAAGAACUUGAAUGUCAACCGCUGCGAAAAGAAGUUGAAUCAUUUCCGGUUACAUCAAGAGUGAAUUCAUCAGUCUCAAGAGAAACUGAUAAUGAACAACAAAAUUCGUUGAUAAGUGGAAUUGAUGAGCAAAAAGGUUCACAACAUCAGUCAAAUUUUGUUCAUCAAUUUGGACUUUCUAGCUGUGAUGAGUCGACAAUUGAUAAAGCAUUAAUUGGUAUGCUUCCAACUACAGCUCUAACUGGUCUUGAAUCAUUUGGACUUUCAACAUUGGCAUUCUCUAAAUUAGUUUCAAUAAUAACUUCAAGUGAGUUUCAUCACAAAAUUGAUGAGAAGACAGCAGAGACAAUAAUACCUUUUCUUUCUGCCUAUCAGCUUAGAGGGGCAAACAAUAAUGUUAAUCAGUUAAUUUCUUUUUUUCGUUCAAAAUUUCCUCUAAUUGGCAACGAUGAACUUUUAGACAUUAAACAAACAUUUAAAAAUUUUCCUCCUCAUCUUCAAUGUAAUACAACAAGCAAUACAUUUACGAAGGAAAUAGCUGAUGUUAACUUGGUGGCACUUUCUUCGUUUUCUGAGGAAGAUGGAUUAAUUUCUGGUAGUUAUAAUGAAGAACAGGAAAUAGAUGAACAAGCAUCACCAAAUGAAUUGUUAAAAAUACUUUGUUCGGAUAAUGCGAAGAAUAACACCCAUAAUGCUUUACUUUUACAAAAUUAUUGUCUUCAUAGACCUGAUAUCUUGGAUUUAAAUUCUAACAAUUUCGACGAACAGGUACAAAUACUUUUCUCGUCAAAAUCAGAAUUUGCUAAAGAAUUGAUUGUAAAAAUUGUUAAUCAUUCUUCAGCAUUAGUUAUUCGAAAAGUGAUUGACAAACUUUUGUUCAAAUUUGAUGAACGUUUUUUGCCUUCGUCUGUUAUUAAUUUUGUGGUUACUCUUUAUAAUUCUUCACCAUCCUUAGUCAAAGCCAAACUUGACAAACUUCAAUGUUCUUUUUUGACACUUUAUUUCGUUGAAGCAUUAUUCCAUUCGCCACAGGAAAAGGACUUUACGGAUGAGUAA